UCGGUACCAUUACAUUCACCGAAAAAACAACAUAGUUUUACAGAUAAAGUUACCGUUUUAUCUAAUUAAAUUUAAUCUUAGGGGUCUUACCAAUGGCCACAUGUUGCACCCAGUCGAAAACUACAUCAAGAUUCUGGGGUGAAACCCGCGGCCACUAUCAGCAAUACGCGCGGCCCUUCAUUAUAAAUACAGUUCUCGCCAACAUCUUUUUCUCGGUUUCAUCUUCCAAGGGGUCCAGGAACAAAUACUAAAAAUCUUUCAGAGUGUCUGCAACUAUGUCGGACGUGGAUUCAGAGACAGAGUCUCAAGGUCAGGGCGUAAGUGCUCUCGAUGAGUUUCGCGAGAGUUGGCAGCGGGAGCUACAAGUGCAGGCGGAGCACACACAGGCGGACACCGGUUCAACUGUACAUGCCAGUGAGGCUGAUCUCCUGCAGGCCAAAGCGGAGAGUCUGUACCGCACGGCCGUGCAGCUGGAGCAGAGAGGCAAGGUCUACGACGCAAUACCUUUCUACCGCAAAGCCACGCAGAUUGUGCCCGAUAUUGAGUUCAAGUUCUAUGAGCAGCAGAAACUAAACAAUGAGGUCAACAAAAAGUAUCACAAUCUGGCCAACGACUUCUCCAAGCAACUUGAUCUCGGGCAGCAGCAGGCCGAAGGGACAGAAGGCGACCACAAGUUGAUUGACAACUUGUAUGAAAAGUUCCAGCAUGAUCUACGCCAAGAUAGUGCGUACAAAGGCAAGCUAAUGGCAUCUAGCCGCGACCCCGGUGUUCUCUCCACCGGACUACACAUCUCUGAUUUGCCGCCCGAAAUUGUGAUGCGAAUUCUGCGCUGGGUGGUAUCCUCCCAGCUGGAUAUGCGCUCACUGGAACAAUGCUCCGCUGUCUGCAAAGGCUUCUAUGUGUAUGCACGCGACGAGGAGCUCUGGCGACUGGCAUGUGUAAAAGUUUGGGGCCACAGCAUUGGUACUUUGGAUGCCCAAGAUGCUGAGAAUUCCACCGUCUACUACUCCUGGCGCGACAUGUUUAUUCGGCGGGAAAGAGUUAACUUCAGCGGAUGUUACAUCAGCAAGACCACGUACCUGAGAAUGGGCGAGAACAGUUUCCAGGACCAAUUCUAUCGACCUGUCCAGCUGGUGGAGUAUUAUCGCUAUAUUCGAUUUAUGCCCGAUGGCAAGGUUCUCAUGAUGACCAGCGCCGACGAGCCAGCGCAGGGUGUCACCAAGAUACGGAAUGUGCACAACAUACGUCCAGAUGUUUUGCGUGGUCGCUACCGGCUCUUUGGUGACACAGUGACUCUGGUGCUGCAAAAAUCAUCACAGUCGAGGCCAACCACAGGGCAUCUGCGCCAGAGACGUGGCAGCGUCAUGCCUUUGGACGAGGACUCGAAUGCCACGCAGUUUCUGAUUGAGCUGCGCAUCAGCCACUCACCCAAGCGUCGCUGCGCCCAGUUGGUCUGGUCGCACUACGCGCUGGUGCAGAAACGCAACAAGGUGGACACCAGCUCGGAGUUUGACCUGACGGAAGCAAAAUAUCCAUCGCUGUGGUUCUCGCCUGUCAAGAGCUAUCACCUAGACGCCGAUGCACCAUUGGUAUAAGCUAUAAUAAACGUUCCUGUAAGAAUGGAAAUAAA